AAAGGAGAGCCCGCAGUGUCUUCAGGAGAAGGAGAGACGGAGGAGUGAGGGAUGUUCGCUCGUGGCCUGUGGACGUGAGUUAGUGAAGGACAAUUGAUUCACAACUGCCUGCGGGGAUAUGCUGGAAAACCUGGUGCUGGGAAGACUUUUGGUUUCAUGAGGGAAAGAAAUUAUUAGAAAAUUGCUUUGGUCAAUAUUUUACCAAGUGAGGUGCCUUUCUAACCUUGAAGAUGACAACAACACUGUCAGUGCUGGAAGAGGAAUUGGCAUCUGUUGACAGUGAACUGCAGGCUCUGGAGAUCCAGGUACAAGAACUUCUUGAACAUCAGCAGGAGCUAAUUCAGAAAAAGACAGUGCUAAAGAAGAAAAUAAAACAGUUUUCUGACACAGAGAGCGGGAGCAGCAAAGAUAUUGAAUCAGCAGCGGAAGACUGGAACAAGGAAGAUUUUCCAUGGUCUGCAAAAGUCAGAGAUGCGUUACAAAAUAACUUUAAGCUUCGAAAAUUUAGGCCUUUGCAAUUGGAAACAAUCAAUGUUACAAUGGGCGGAAGGGAUGUAUUCCUUGUCAUGCCUACUGGAGGGGGAAAGAGUCUGUGUUACCAGCUGCCAGCAGUAUGUUCUGACGGCUUCACACUUGUGAUUUGUCCUCUGAUCUCACUAAUGGAAGACCAGCUAAUGAUGUUGGAGCAGCUGGGAGUUUCUGCGACUUUACUAAACGCCUCAAGCAGCAAGGAACACGUGAAGUGGGUUCAUGCUGAAAUGCUGUCUCGCAGUUCGCAACUGAAACUCAUUUACGUGACCCCAGAGAAGAUUGCGAAAAGCAAGAUGUUUAUGUCAAAGCUGGAAAAAGCUUACCAAGCAGGAAGGCUUACGCGCAUUGCAGUGGAUGAGGUUCACUGUUGUAGCCAGUGGGGACACGACUUCAGGCCUGAUUACAAGCUGCUUGGUAUCUUAAAGCGGCAAUUUCCUAAUGCUCCAUUGAUUGGGUUGACAGCAACUGCAACAAGCCACGUUCUGCAGGACGCUCAGAAAAUUCUUUGCGUUCAGAAGUGCAUCACUUUCACGGCAUCAUUUAAUCGGCCCAACCUAUAUUAUGAGGUUCGACAAAAGCCACCAGCUGCUCAGAAUUUCAUUGAGGACAUAGUUAAACUCAUCAACGGAAGAUACAAAGGCCUUUCAGGAAUUAUCUACUGCUUUUCCCAGAAGGAUGCCGAACAGGUUACUAUGAAUUUACAGAAGCUGGGGAUUAAAGCAGGUGCCUACCAUGCCAACAUGGAACCCAAAGAUAAAAGCAGAGUUCACAAGCGAUGGUCUGCCAACGACAUUCAGGUGGUAGUGGCCACUGUUGCCUUUGGCAUGGGAAUCGACAAACCAGAUGUGAGGUUUGUAAUACACCAUUCAAUGAGCAAAUCCAUGGAGAACUAUUACCAAGAGAGCGGGCGUGCAGGUCGGGAUGACCAGAAAGCUGACUGCAUCUUAUAUUACGGUUUUGGGGACAUAUUCAGAAUCAGCACAAUGGUGGUGAUGGAAAACGUCGGGCAACAAAAAUUGUAUGACAUGGUUUCAUAUUGCCACAACAUGAGCAGGUGUCGCCGAGUUCUCAUAGCACAUCACUUUGACGAGGCCUGGGACUCCGCCAACUGCAACAAAAUGUGUGAUAACUGCUGCCGAGAGGAGUCAUUUGAGAAGAUGGAUGUGACAGGGCACUGCCGGGAUCUUGUCAAUAUUUUAAAGCAAGUGGACCAAAUGAGAGAAAAAUUCACUCCUCUGAAGCUGAUUGAUGCCUGGUUAGGGAAGGGUUUGUCAAAACUGGGAGUAGAUGUUGUUUCUCCCAAGCUUCCCCGUGAUGCACUGGAGAGAAUUGUUGCCCAUUUGAUACUGCAGCAGUACCUGAAGGAAGACUUCAGCUUCACAGCAUUUGCUACAAUAUCCUACGUGAAGAUAGGGCCCAGAGCUGAUCUUCUGAGAAACAAGACUCAUGUUAUCACGAUGCCAGUGGUAAUGAGCAAAAACAGUAUUGCUAAGGUCAAAUCUCCAUUAUCCAGCCUAGGAAGCUCAUCCGGAAAGAAAAAGGAUGUUGCACGUAAAAAAAGGGGAAGUGAACAUAAACCGCCUCAUUCAGAGAAACACAUCCAAGCAAAAAAGUUUAAAAUGGAAGAGGAAGAGGAUGAUGAUGAUGACGACUUGCUGUUCAUCGAUGAUUCCUGAGUAUUUGUAUGUUGGUUUUCAACUCCCAAAAUAAUUUGGGACCUGCAGGAAAUGCCAAGCAAGCAACAGGGCUGGAGAAGGGCAGAAUUGCCCCCCCCCCCCAGGCUGCUAGGCCCUCACUCAUCACAUCGCCAGGCUUCUGGCAUUGUACUGUUUUUCUAGGUCUCCCUUAUCCUAGCCCUUGUUUUGGAUUAUAACGCAAGCGUGAUGGCUGGCUGGGCAGGGAGGUGAUGGGUAGGACUCUCGUUUUCCACCAGAAAUAUAAGGCAAUAUGACUUUGUUCUUAAAAUCCAUUAUGUAACCUCCUUAUACUGCCUUGAAUAUCUUGUUGUGAGUCGGGGUGUAAAUAAUACACAAUUCAUGGUAUUUGUAAGGACUACUAAGAUAUUGCACGACUUUGCAUACUCAAAAAUGUUGUAUAUAUGCUAUGUAUUAAAAUGUUUCUUGUCCCACGAAGUUAGUCCUACCUCUCCUGCUGUGAUAUGUGUGGACCAGCUUGAUGACUGGAGUGCCUACCUUAAAAUAGUGGUUUUAUAAUUCACUGCCACGAUGGGUGGAGAGACAAGAGAAGACUUGCCUGCAUAUGACAUACGGUGUUUGUAAACAAAAUAAAAAAAUUCCUUCAGUAGCACCUUAAAGACCAACUAAGUUUUUAUUUUGGUAUGAGCUUUCGUGUGCAUGCACACUUCGUCAGAUACACUGAAACAGAAUCCACCAGACCCUUAUGUAUAUGCACACGAAAUCUCAUACCAAAAUAAAAACUUAGUUGGUCUUUAAGGUGCUACUGAAGGAAUUUUUUUAUUUUGUUUCGACUCAGACCAACACGGCUACUUGUAAAGUUAUGGAACCCCUCAAGCUUCACUGCACUGUUCAGCGCCAGCUAAAAACAUUCUUGUUCAGGCAAGGGUACCAUGAUACUUAGAAAACUGAGGUAAUUAGAAUUGUCUUAGUAUUUUAACUUUUGUAUGUUUUAAAGUAUGGUUGUGAUUUUAUUAUAUUUUUUUAUAUAAUUUUUCUGAAAGGAAAAUGAAGAGAGUGUGAACAAGUCCAUCAGCAGCUGGAGCAUGAUAGUUAAAUAGAAGUACAUAGUAAUUCAAAAGCAGGGUACUGGUACCUGCAGGGGCAUAAAAUGUCUCUGCCCUGCCCCGUUUGUCAAUUCUAGUGCUAUGUUUACGGCCACAGUGAACUGAAUGGACCUUGGGCUGUUUCCAAAGGCAGCUAUAUUGUAAAACCUGGUGACAUACUGUAACAGAGGCAAAAUGCAUAGUAGGAACCUAACUACUUCCAAUGAAGUAGAACAGUUACUUUUUAAAGUGACCUUCAUUGAGUAGCUUAUUCUCCCAAGCAGUUACUUGAUAAACCCAGAACACUAAACUCUAGACAGCGCAAUUCAAGUUGUGGGAUGUUUUUAAUUUUUUCAAAAUGAAAAUACAUUUUAAAUUGUCAUCCAGCAUUACCUAAGUCCUGAAAUUUUAUUUUGAAAGCUGACGAAUCAACAGGUUCUCUCACUUACCAUUUACAUGUCCUGGGACUCUACUGAGCAGACCCUGAGGAACCCUCCCCACAGACCCACGUUUAGUUCUGUAUCAUUGGCUGCAGUAUUUAUGCCUGCCCAGGGGGUGGGGAUAAAACCCAUCUGUGUGUAAGUGAAAGUGGCCUGCAUCAACUCCAGCGUAG